UUUUAAGUACGACCUAUCUUUGUCCAACAAAGGAAAUUCGGGUCACUAAAAUCAAAACAAAGAUGGCAGGUGCUUACGAGAAAAAUCCAGGGGACCAUAGACGUAAGUGGGAUAAGGAAGAAUAUGAACGUCUUGCUCAGGAGAGGCUGGAGGAGGAGCAGAGAAAACUAUUAGAAAAAGAACUGAGAGAGCCGCCCCAGAAAAGGGAGCUUCUCAAACCCAGAGAGUACAAGGUUGAUUUAGAUUCAAAACUUGGAAGGUCACAAGUGAUAACAAAAACAACCCCAGCCUCACAACAGGGAGGGUACUACUGCAAUGUCUGUGAUUGUGUUGUUAAAGACUCAAUCAACUUCUUGGACCACAUCAAUGGGAAAAAACAUCAAAGAAAUUUGGGAAUGUCCAUGAAAAUAGAAAGAUCAUCUUUAGAUCAAGUGAAGAAAAGGUUUGAAAUACUAUUGAAGAAAUUUGAUGUUGAAUACGAGGAGUAUGACUUCAGUGAGGAGCUGGAGACAGCUUUACACGAAUACAUCAGUGAUUUUUUGGAAGAUUGACUUAGGUUCUGCAUG